AUGACGCUUACUUUCGGAACUGCACCUUUCACCGUCCCAGGCACCGAUUUGGUUAUUCAACUAGAUGUAGGAGUAUGUAUGAGCGCUAUUACCGCAGGUGGCGACAAUGAGCUAAUUCUUCUGGGCGAUACUUUCUUAAAGAAUAAUUAUGCCUACUUCAACUUGGAUAAGUCAAUUAUCGGACUUGCCCAGGCUAAACGAUAG